ACGCCGAGUGCGUGGAUAUCACGCAGUCACAUGAAACCCGCUUUAAUCCGAGCUGAUAAACACACGAGCCUCCGCCGCCUCUGCUGCUCCUCUUCCUCCUCAUCUCGCCGUGUUUUCCUCGGCGUGUGACCGGAGGCGCAGCCCGGACCCCGGGCACUGGAGGGGGCAGAAGACGGGGAACGUGUCUUCCGGUUCCAAAGAGCGUAAAAAAGCCGACGGAAGCCAACGUGGUCUUUGUAGUCUGUCAGCGUACUCUCAUACUCCCACCUUCUCUUCCACUGCUAGUGCCUCAUUGAACCCUUUGCAGCUCAGCUCGGCCGACAACUUUGGUUUCCCCCUCAGCUGCAGGAAGAACCAUCGAGACAAGCGAGAGGCCUCUGUCUCCAGAAGUGAAGCCUCUCUGUGACUGCAUGUCUCAGAGCUCUGACCAACCCCUGAUCUCCUCCUCCUUCCACGUCUCCACGAGGACCCACAUUUCCACAUAGCCAUAACCUAUAAACCCCCAUUCAGCUGCUAGCUGCUUCAUCGCCGGCACAGUUGUUGUUUUCGCUGCCAGAGCAGAAGGUUCGACCGCUGUCCCUCGACUGGCCCCCAACUGGUACUCCUUUAGUGGGGGAGGGAGGGGAAGGAGAGAAGCUGAACGUUGUGCCGCUUUCCCUGGAGAUGAAGCUGCAGGCCGUCAUGGAGAACCUGCACCGGCAGCAGAGGGCCAAGCUUCUGAUGGAGCAGCAGCUGCAGCAGCAAGCUGCUGCCCAACACACUCAGGUGCGCAUAGGUGGAGGAGGGGGGGACGAGCCAAUGGGGAGCCCGGCCCCUGAGUCAGAGCAGGCCCAGAUGGCGGCGUUAGCGGCCAUGCGUGCUGUGGCGGCUGGGCUGCAGAGAGUGUCUGACAGCCCCAUGUCGGAGCGCAGCAGCGGCGGCGAGGAUGACGUUGAUGAUGACGACAAUGACGAAGGGGAGGAACAAUACAAAGAUAUGAUGGGCUCAGAUGAGGAGGAGCAGAUCAAACGGAAAUGGGAUGAGGAGGACUUUGAAGGCGAGAUGGAAGAAGACUUUGACGAUGACCUGGCGGAGGAAAAUCUGCCAACAGGCCAUGAUGCUGUGGCCCCAGGGAAAGGCAUCCUCCUGUUGCCCCACCGCCAGCUCCAUCCCCACUCCCAGCUUGUGAAGGCGCGCCCUAUUGUCGACCAGGAGCCCCGUGUAGCCAUCUUGCCUCCCCACACCACCCACAGUCAUCUGGGCGGGCAGGACCACGGAGAAUGGACCUACGAGGAGCAGUUUAGACAGCUGUAUGAACUGGAUGGAGACCCAAAGAGAAAGGAGUUCCUUGAUGACCUCUUCAGCUUCAUGCAGAAAAGAGGAACCCCGGUGAAUCGUAUUCCCAUCAUGGCCAAACAGGUCCUGGAUCUGCACAUGCUCUACAGGCUGGUCACAGAGAAGGGUGGCCUGGUGGAGGUCAUCAACAAGAAGCUGUGGAGGGAGAUCACCAAGGGACUCAACCUGCCUACCUCAAUCACCAGUGCAGCCUUCACCCUCCGCACACAAUACAUGAAGUACCUCUACCCAUAUGAAUGUGAUAAGAGGAGUCUGAGCAACCCCAACGAGCUCCAGGCAGCCAUUGACAGCAAUCGGCGGGAGGGCAGACGACAGAGCUUUGGAAGCUCCCUCUUCACCUACUCGCCCAACGGGACGCCCACCAUGCUGUCCUCGCCGAAGCUCCACACAUCCAGUGUGGGCCUGACUAUGGGCACCAACGGCGCCUCGCUGACGCCUAUCCAGAAGAUCAAGAAAGAAGAUGGAGUCCACCUGCUGCCGGGGCAAGGUAUGGCUCGUUUGUCACCGGGUGUCCUGGCGGGUCACGCGGCAGCCCAGGCAGCAAUGGCUGCUCAGGUGGCUGCUCUGGAGCAGCUGAGGGACAAGCUGGAGGCUGGUGAGCCUCCGGAGAAGAAGAUGGCGCUGUCGCCUGAGGAUCACCACCGACUUCUGCAGAGAGCACUGCAACACAACCUUCUGGCCAUGACCGCCCAGAUACCCAUGAACAUCCGGAUCAAUAACCAAGAGAGCAGGCAGAACUCAGCCCUGAACCUCACCACCAAUGGCACGAGCAGCAUCAGCAUGUCAGUGGAGCUCAACGGAGUGGUGUACACUGGCGUUCUUUUUGCUCAGGCAGCCGGCUCAGCCUCAUCUGGUGCUUCUGGAUUGUCCGCCACCGGCGCUCGUGUCGGCCCUCAGAACACACCUACCUCAAACUCCAACAACCUGUUGUCUUAACAACCCCCCCCCCCUCCCCCACACCCAGCCUUUCCCCUCUUUAAAAAAAAAUUACCACGCUAAGUAAAGCCAAAAACCAACCUCAUUUUCUACAUCAUCUAUGCCAAAAAAGAGAAGACCCAUACACCGUACAGAAGACAUCAACUGAAACUCGGAUCACUUGAAGUACACUAUCUCAGGUUUUCUCUCUCAAACUCACCUCUUUUGUUCUUCGUAGCCAAAAUAAUUUUGAAAGAAGAUUAUCCCCACUGAGAGUCAGUAUAUGCUUAACAAUGCACAACUUGUGAAUUAUUUAUUUCUGCAUAAAUGUACAGAUUAUCGGAGAACAAAAGAGAAGGUAAUAACCAGGAAGGGCAAUGCACUGUUUACACACACAAACACAGCUACUGACUGACAGUAAUGUUUGAUCCUCUAGGGGAGAGAUUUUUUUUUAUUUUAUUUUAUCUUUUCGUUGUCAUUAUUAUCAUUAUUGUUAUUCUCUAUUGUGUUUAUCAUUUAAAUCUUUACAAUCCUCUCACUGCAGGAAAAAAAGUAUAUAUAUUUAGAAUUCUAUAAAAAAAAAAUGAAUAUCUUCUAUUUUUAAUCAGAAAAGCUUUAAAGGUAUAUGUUGUUUCUUCAGGGCAUAUAACAAUGUACCGCUGUGACCUCAUUUUGUGUAAAACCUUAUAACCUUAUUCACAUGGCAGCCAGUUUGGAUAUCUGUGUGGAAGACUGGUGCAGGUCUGCACCCGUGUCGUUUAGCGACACAUUUCAUAUCUAUGCCACAGAUUUUUCAGGGAAACGCAAAAUAAGAAACUCCUGGAUCUCAAAAGAAUCUGCAUGGAUGUUGGUCGACUGUUGGUCCAUUAUCGAUUGCAACAAGAGAGUUUAUGCAGUGGCUAGUUAGCGGGAAUGCUACGUGGCUGACAGCCCUUGCUGAAUUCAUGCAGUUGUCGUGUUGUUGCUCUUCCUGAAACAGCACGAUGUGUACCCCCUCUCCCGCUCACUUGUUUGUUGACAUAAGGCCAGUUCAAUACAUAUCUAUGCCAAUCAUGCAGGUUUAUGUUCAAAGUGGCUGUUUGUAAGAAUAAGGUCUGUUGAGCAGGUGGGAAAUGAGCUGAAGCCUUUCGUUACACGCUGGAUCUUCUGAGCCCCGGGCGGUGUUCACACCGACCGUUGCUGGUGCCGUUCAGGGAUCAGAUGUUUUUUGUGAAUAUCACGUUUUCCAUUGUUCUCAGGUGAACCUCCCCUUCCCCCACCCCCCACCUCCUUGCUCAUUGCUUUGCAUAAUAUCCCGCAGUCUUCUGUUACACUUGACAGAGUAAUGCUUUUCAACGUCUUUCCCCCUCGGAGAGAUUUGUUUUUAUCUUUUUUAUGAUACUUGGCCUUCUAGUGGAGUGAUUGUCUUAAGGUCAGAUGCAUGCAUGUGUUUGUAGAUAAAAGUCCGUCAGCGUGUAGGAAAAUUCUUGAUUUCCUGUCCAGGAUUUAAAGGAGUUGAGCGUCUGCUUAAUCCUUGUUAUUGAGGAGACUCUCACAACGGACAAUCAGGUGUCCGGAGACAAUCUGAUCUUCAGGAAAAAUUUAUCCUGACAAUUAAUUCAGCUCAUAUCUGAUGUUUUUUUUUUUUUUUAUUGUAUCAUAGAUUACAAAUGCUUUUGCUUGUUUGAUUCAGCUUUGUGGUUUUGCAUGACUUAGUGCUUAUUCUGAUCCAAGUGCUUCUUAUCCUGUUCUGUGACGAGGGCGGGGUCCUCUUGAGACUGGCUCGCCAUCCAUUAAGGAUAACACAGAGAAUGUCUUGUGAUCCUCGGACUGUUUUUUUUGUUGAGAUUUUGGUUAAUUGGGGCUUUUGAUAAUGAAAGAUCAGAGCUAAUCAUAGCAGUGGCUGAGCACUCGCUUGUGUCUUAGUGUUUGCACAAACACUCUCUGCAGGUCGAUUUAUAAAAGGUUAAAUCUGCCACCGUGGAGACGCCGCACUCAGCUCACAAGUACAUGUGUCUCCGCAUUUUGAAGGUGAUCAAUCAUUUAGCUUUUUGAACUUUAACCCGUGCUACUUCACUGGUUUGUUUGUUGUUAAAAAUUGUUACUCAACCCCACCCCCGACGCAAAGCAGCCUCAUUCCUACCGACGUUAGGAAGUAAAUCAGGCUUUGUAUCUGUUCUGAGGCCUUAACGCAGCAUGAGAUGACCAGAGAGCGAACAGUACCUCCAUCUAAUCACGUUUCACUGUAUCAGUCAGAUAUCACCAGAUGGCUGUCGCGGCUUUGAUUCUGGACGCGUCUCUCAGUGGGAAAUCGCCACCAGCUGCUGCACAAACACUGGUCAAUUCUGGAAAGUUCUCUUUAUGCUCAGAUAACCAACAGCUCCCAUUCAGAAACACAGUCAUCAAACACUGAUGUUUAAGUUUAGUGAAAAGAGAACGAAAUAGGAAUUCAGAGCUGAAGUUGUAUUUAAGUUUACUUAAGUGACAAAAUAAUGAUAAAUACCAAUCAUCAUCAAUUCAUUAUAAAUUCAGCGAUGCAAACAAAACUAUCAUCGACUCACUUACUUGCAUACCAGCUCAAUGCAUGCCAGCCUGCGCCACCUACAGGCAAGAAAUAUAGCAGCAGCAACAGUUCGGAUGUGCAGAUGGACACUACCUGCAGGCAAAGACUCAACAGCAGCAGUUUGUGUAGCUGCAUUUGUGGGUAUUUUGGACAGUUAUACAAUAUGUCAGUUAAAAUAACUUGUGAUCAGAGGCAGAACAUUUCACUCAGGUAGACGAGGAUAAACGUGGAGAAUCAUUGUUUCACACUAACCUAACAAGAUCAUGAGACACAGUUGAAAGCUCCAGAAAAACUGUAAAAUUGGACCUUGUGGUGAGAAGAUUCUUCCGACCCAGCACGUGUGUUAAUUAUUAAUUGUGCAGUUAGUUAUUAAUUGUGAAUCCCAUUGAGAUUUACGCAGCCGGAACCGCAGCUCUUAAAGUUGCUGCAACUUUAACUGCACCUGCAUGUUUGAAACUGCUGCUGCUGCUGUGACUGCCCACUGGGCCUGGUUUCAUUUGCUUCACAUCAGUGACGGUGUGGUCCUCUUCAGAAGACUGAGUUACAGUUACGGCUAAUGAUUGGAAAAGCAGCAGGCCAGCCAGACGACUUGAAGCUAGUUUGAUGUACGAUCAUAUCGAAGCCGAGCAGGAAACUGAGAUAAAAGUUUCCUCCUCUCCUACCUCUACAUAUUCUCUCUGGAAACCAGCCUGAUGCUUAUUUAACUACAGUGACUCUUUGACAGCAGAGGUUUAUUUUUUAAACAACAAAAUGUUUGGGUAUUUUUGCAGAAGUGAAAGUCCAGUUUGUGUAGGGUCACAGCUUUACAUAGAGAUGAUACAAUACCUGGUUCCUUUUUUGUGAACAACUCACACAUCAAUCAGCCCGAAACCUUUUUGCCUUUUAACACGUGAAUGAUUUUCUACUAGUUGUGAUUCACCUGAUGGAGCCUCACGUGAAGAUUCACAACCCUAUUAGAAAUACCGAUAAGACUCCUUACAGAUGUCCCUUCUACAAUGAAAACACUUUACAUUAUUCAAAUAAUCAUGCAGUGUACAUAAAUAUCUUGAAAUGUAAUAAUAUAAUGAAAAACAUAGAACAUACAAAAGAUUUACUAAGCCCCCCCCCCCCCCCGUAGUACAUUUGUACUAACCAAGUAGUUUAGUAAAUUAAUAUUUACAAAACUCAUUUUGAAAUUGUGACUCAAACAUUGUUUAACCAACGAUUUCUCCCUGAUGAUAAAAUAUUUAGCUAUCAUCUUAUUUAUGUUACACAAAAAACUCAAAACCACAACAUAUGAGUAAACCAGCCUCUUCUUUUAAUCGUUUUUAUCUAUUUCCCAUGCAGAUCUUCUGCACCCCCCAAAAAAAGUAUAGAUUAGAGGAUGUUAUAAUUACUUUAAGAGCAUAAAAUGUCAGAAAAUCAUAUAGUAUUUCGUUAUUGCGUGUUAUAUACUAUGCUAACCUUCAGUCACAGCCUGAACAAACAGGGAGUUCAGUCACCUCUGUUCAACUGAAGCUGCUGUAAACAGAGUCACAUAGUACAGUAUAAAAGGGUGUGUUUAUUCUUGUUGGUCAGUUUAGAGACUCACUGAGAGCCCUGCAUUUGUCUGUCUGCCUGAGGAGCAGAUGUCACAUUUGCUUGUAAUGACUGACAAUCACAUAGAGGCCUUUUGUGGCUGCAGAGCUUCAGGUCGGAGGGGGGGGCUGCUAGAGAAACCCGAAAAUCAAUCAAUAUUCAAUCAAUCAAUCAAUCUGAAUCUAAAGGAUCAACCCCUUGACCCUUUGGCUCCUGAGGCAACAUUCAAGCACCUGCCCCCCCACACACACACUUCAGCAGAUCCAUGUUUAUCGUAUAUCUAUUGACCUGUGGGAUAUUUGCAUUUGAAAAGCGGAGGUACUGCAGCUCUCUGUAUGUCUCUCUCUCUCUUUCUCUCCCUCUCUGUGGGUGCACGGCAGCGUCCUCAGGGGACGCCGGCAUGUAUUUAAUUGCGUGGUAGCGACAAUCAGGAGAUGCUAUGACAACACAGUUUACCUCCAAACACUUUGACAUCUUUUCAAUCACAAUCACGCCCCAUUUCUACCUCAAAUCCUCAGAAAGCUUUGGCAGAUGUCUCUGCACCUGCCGCAACAGAGGAUCCUGUUGAGGGCUGCGUUCACACAAGGAAACGAAUCCAGAUGUAGUAGUUGCUGGGUUUUUAAUCGUUGACUAUGAAAGAGAUUGUAGAGAGAGCAGACAAUCCCCUUUUACUCGAAGGUGGAGGGAGAAUCAAGAGAAGUCAGUAUCCUCGAGAUGAUUCAACCUCUGCAGUAAGAGCUCCCCUCGGUGGUGGCUUUUUGUAACGACGCACAAUCAAUUUAGAGCUCCUAAAUGGAAUGACUUGGUUUUAAUUGAAGGCUGGAUGAUUCAUAUGCAGCAAAACAAAUGACAUAUUUGAAGUGUUCAUGUCUUAAUUUCCUUCCAGUGUUUCCAGGGUUUUCUUUCAAUCAUCGUGUGACACUUAAAUAAUCUGCAUUUCUUCGGAAACCAAAGACACAAUCGGUGAAUAAUCAAUAAUCAGAUCUCCGGUCUUGUCGGUUUCUCUGGAUCUGCGCUCAGGCAGGUUUCCCGUGUAUCAGAGGGAGCUGCUAUUUGAAGAGAUGUUGGGACAGUGCAGCUGUGAACACGGAGUCAGCCUUAACUCUGUUGGCACCUCAUGUGAGUGUUGAGGUCGGAGCAGACUCUGGUUCGCCCCGCUGUGUUUUGUCUGAACGCUACCAGCUGCGCCAUGUGUCUGUUUGCAGGAGGCUUUCCUCAUUAGAUCAGCGCAAAGACUUUGCAUCUGCAGUUAUCGGGCCAUGUCUCUGUUUGUCAUGGUUACAUUGUUGUUGUUGUUGUUGUGGUAAUGCAGUUAAAAGCUCGGAUUGAUUUCCAUUUCAGUCUGCUUUGUGUGAGGCCACAAAUCAGAUCACUGCCUCGCAGCCGGACUUAUUGUCUUAAUGCAAAUUGCAUUUUUCUGUUUGUCUUGGAGCUUGAUUUUCUCGACAAUAUAAGUAGUAAAUGUUGUGCUGUUCAGGAGUUGAUCCCCAAAUCUCACACAUCAAAGCUUCUGGUCUGUUCUUCUUGAAAUACUGCUGCUUUCACUCCCACCGGAGCUGUAGCCAAAACAACCUCUUACCAGGUCCCACUCGCUUCAGGCGUUGAACUUUAGCCAGAGCAUUUUACGGGUGUAUGUGGGUUCAGGGGCUUUUGGACUGGACUUCGCCACUGACUUCACCUCCAUCAGGUGAUGUGGAGAAGGGGAAAGGAUGAUGUUGAGAAAAUAACAAGAUGCCUUCUGCUGUGACAAUUGUAAUAUGAAUUUAUUUACCUGUAUUACCGAGAUUCAUUUAAUAGAUUAUUUCUGAAAUAUGGCUUUUUAGGGCUCUGGAUUAUAUCAUGUUUAUAUUGUUUGUUUGUUUUUGCUGUCUUUGCUUUUUGUUUUCUUGAAAAAUGCUGUAGCAACCGUGGCACACAGAGAUUACAUUUAGAGCAGAUUUAUUAAUAUAGCGAUAAUCAUGACGAUAAGUGUCAUUACUUUAGGGAAGCGUGUGACGUAAUCGUGAGUGAGUGAGUGUGUGUGUGUGUGUGGUUGCGUGUGUGCGUGCUUCGUGUGUCUCUGCAUCAGCUUCAGAACUGAAACAAGGCUCUGUCUUUUUGUCUCUUACAACUUCUCAGGAAAAUCUACCUCUGCCUCCAGUUUGAUGCAUUUAACCCAGUGAGGGCUCCAGUUACAGUGUAGUGGGUACACAAUGAGGGCGCAAGGGUCGACGCCAGGGUCCGAAAUGAACUGUAACAUGGAUUGGGGGGGGGGGGACUCUGGUGUAUUUAUAAUGUUACAUUGGCUGAUUCUUAACACUUCUGCUGUUCCGUUUAAUUAAGCACCAACCACAGGGAACCUCCAACUCAACAGCUAAAUACUACUAGUGCUACAACAAGUGCUGCUUCUAGUACCACUGUUAGUACUGCAAGUCAUUUCUCAGUCUGUUAAUGUGUGUUUAUUCCUCCUAUUCUAUAAAUGAUUACUUUUUUUUUGAUGAAUGGGAUGUGUCCCGGCAACCAUGGUAAAAGUGAAGUGGCGACGGGCAAUAAAACUGUUUGUUUUCGUUUUAUUCAUUUUUUUCUUUUACAUUUUUUGAAGGGUGAAGAGCUAUUCUUCUACACAUAUAUUUACUCAAUAUGUGUUUGUGUGAAUACUUUUAUUUUGAAUCUGAUAUUAAUAAAAUAUCUUUGUUCUUAAAUGUCA